UGGAGCAGGAGGCUGCUGUCUCCUUCUGCCUCCUCUGCUUCAUGUGAGGAGGAGGAACACCUUCACUGUGGCUGAGUGUCUGCAGACCACACCACAGCAUGAUUACAUCUAUUCACACUCCAGUAUCUCCAGUGGGCGGAUUGUGAGGACCAGUUGCCACUAUGCGAUGUGUGUAAGGGACCAGCGGUGGAGUUGUGGCCCCAGGCGGGAUGCUGCUGACAGCUGGUCAGUAUGACUCUGCUGGACUUGUGGCUGUCGCGCUCCAUCCCCAUGUGCCUGCUCCUUCAGAGCCUUGUUCUCAUGGCCCUGUGCUUCCCUUCGGCCAGCAUGUGUCCAAAGGGCUGCAUGUGCCAACGCGACCCCCACCUCCACGGCCUCAACGUUACCUGCAGUCAGUCCCGUCUCAAAGAGAUCCCCCCCAGCCUUCCGGUGGACACUGUCCUGCUGAGGCUGGACCACAACCAGAUAGGGGCUGUCCCCGACCAAGCCUUCCAUGGACUCAGGCUUUUGAGGGAGCUCAACCUCUCUUACAACGCGGUGGAAACUUUAGGGGAAGGUGCCUUCAGUGGCAUAGAGGGGACUUUACAGGUGCUGGAUCUCUCCCACAACCGCAUCACUAGCGUACACAAGGAUGCCUUUGCUCGGCUGAAGGCCCGCAUCAUUGUGGACGAUAACCCCUGGCAUUGUGACUGCGCCCUACAGCAGGCCAUCGGAGGAAUGGCUCACAACCACGAGGCUGCUGCCCGGGUUCUCUGCAGGAGCUCAGAGCUUCGUGAUCAGGAGGGACGACCCUUCUUGGCUGUGGAUACUGACCUCUGUAACCUGGCCAAAAGGACCACAGACUACGCUAUGCUGGUGACCAUGUUCGGAUGGUUUGCCAUGGUCAUUUCAUACGUAGUUUAUUAUGUACGUCAGAACCAGGAGGACGCCCGACGCCACCUGGAGUACCUCAAGUCUCUCCCCAGCAAGCCCAAGAAACCCGACGAGGCCGAUGACAUCAGCACUGUUGUCUGACAGCAGUGUCAUCAGGACUGUGUCCACCACAAACCUAACGAACACCAAAAUGUUUAUGUAACAGGACCCACGUUUAUAGUGUUUACUAUUUAGAACUUUUAGGUGAUGUGAGCAUCAAGAUCUUUGUAUUUUGGAAACUUUGUCUUAUGUCUUUAUCAGGGUUUGUUCAUGGCUGAUCUGAGAUGAGACGAGGAGGGAGGCCUCACUGACAUUGUCUUUUCUAUAAAAAAAAAAAAAAUCUUAUGGUGUUUUGAAAAUUUAAAUCUCAGGUUUAAAUAUUAACAUGGUAAUGUUUUUUUUAGACGACAAUUUGGAAUAUCAGAAAAAAUACUAUUUAUAAGACAUGACACCCUAUACUCCAUUUCCCAAAGCACCCUUUUUGGAAAUCUCAAAGCCC